AUGGAUCGAAAUGAGCCUUCAUUGAACCACCGGACUUCACUGCCUUAUAUCCGCCCACAUCUAUCGAGCUCCCAGACGCCGCCAAAUACAAACAGUCAGGAUGAAGUUGAAAGGCUUCGAGCGCAACUGGCCUCGGUCAUACAGGAGCUGGAUGAGACAAACGCAAGAGCACGCCUUGUUACGCAAGAACUUAACGAGAUGAAGGCAAGGGCACGCCUUGGGGACUACGCAGGAGGAUUAUUCAACUUCCUUAAACAAAACUCCCCGGAGGACGCCCGGUUGAAAGGCCAUGCCAACACCAUUGCCGAAAAGAUAGAGGCCGCUGAUGCUACCGUUGCCGCCGCCAAUAAGAUCGAUUCCCGCAUCGAUCUCCCAACAGCAAGGCUGGCUAUUCAGGAGUACGCUGCUCGCAACAAUAUGUUUCAUUCAAAGAGUAUGGCGCUUAAAUUUUUCGCGGAGGACUGGACGGGGUUGGCACAACAGACUACUUUCGAUAUUGCCAACCUAUCGACAAUCCUCAAUGGAUCAGCCGCAGAUGAAAAAAUGUGGAUCAAGAUCAUCGAAUUCUACCGCGACCAGCACAUUGUUCAUGACAAGGACGCCCACCGGUGGCAAGCGAAGUCUGCGGCCAAACCAGAAACGCUGGACUCUGCACCACAAACUGUUAGCACGACAAGAGAUAUUCGGCACCUGCCUCUGGAGACAAAGCGGUACUCGUUCAUGAUGGGCGACUUCCGGACCGAGAAGAGCAGUCCGCGCCGAAAUGGAACUCGGUCCGAUUCACCUGACUCUGGACAGCUGAAACGGAAGCGCGAGCUCCUCGAUGAAGGACCAGAGACAAUGCACAAGCGACAAGAGGUGGUAGACUCUCGACCAGAGGACGCCGACCACAAUGAUCACAGUGCAGCCAAUGCAGCCUUCAGGAGUUACCAGGAGCUGUCUUUGCUCAGUCCUCGGAAAGCUAAAAACGCGGCUGACAAGUUUGCGAGGGACAUAGGCGCAGGCCUGAGGUCAUAUGAAUCAAACCUGAACAAGGACGCGGGCCGCAACAGGCGAAAGGAGAAGGUGGCUGAGAGAAAAAGCAUAGGGUAA